UGUGCCUUUGAGCAACAGGUGAUUUCAGGUGCAAGUUUUCGAUUGACUAGACUGUGGUAUUUUUUAAAGGUCGCGCGGCGGUCACACUGAUCCACACCCUGGUUACCACGAAACUUGGAAACAAGAUCUCGAGAUUCUUCAGAACUUUUCGGGCGUUUGCUUCAGAUCCCAGCAAAAUGUUCACCGCCUCCGACUUGGCCAGGCUAUGCAGGAUCUGCCUGCGCCAGUUGAGGGAUCCGCAGUGCCCGAAUCCCCGCCUGAUUCAGCUGCUAAAGAAGUUCCUCGACAUCGAUGUCCUGCAGCAGCCGCACGGAUUUCCAACGCAAAUCUGCAAUCUGUGCCACAACGCGAUGGCCCUACUCGAGGAACUCGGUCAGGUGGCCAGGGAGACCAGUGAAAAGCUAGCUGGUUCCUUGAUCGGAACGAAAGAUCCCGAUCCCAAUCCCCAUACUGUGGAAUUGCCAGCCGAGAGGGUGAAGGAGGAGCCACUGGACCAAGGGCAAGAUGAGUCCCAGGGUAUGGAAAUGCAACAGGAACUGGAAAGGCUAGGAAAGCUGGUGGGGCAACAGGCAGAUACAGACAAAGAGCAAGAGCUACUGGAGGAGGUGCAGCAGGCGCAGCAGAAGGAAAAUGAGCAGGAACAGGACCAGGAGCAGGAGCAGGAGCAGCGUCUGAAUCAGAAUCACGCCUCCUCGCCAAACAAAAAACGUGCCGGCCUGGCCUGUGACCAGUGCGGCAAGCAUGUGUACAAGCUGCCCUAUUUGGAGGCGCAUAUCCGUAGCGUACAUCAGGGUUACACGAAACCGUUCCUUUGUCGCAACUGCGACAAGUGCUUCACCCGUUACGAGCAGCUCCGUUCCCACAUGCGAAAUGCCCAUCCCCAUCCCCACCCCCAGAUGCAUCAGCAGCAGCUCCAGGAGCUGCGGGAGCUCAUGUGUGAGGUAUGCAACCGCCAGUAUAGCACCAAGAAUGCCUUGGGUGAGCACUUAAAACGCCAUGCACAGCGCAAGGAGCACGUAUGCGAGCAUUGUGGCGUGGCAAAGGUGACCAGAACGGAGUUACUAACCCAUUUGCGCACCCAUAAUCCCACCUGGGAGCGCUUCAAGUGCGAACAGUGCCCGCAGCUGUUUCGUCACAAAAGCGCCAUUAGUCGCCAUGUCAGGGUCGUCCACGAGGGUCAGCGACGCUUUCAGUGCGGUCAUUGCAAGAAGCGCUUUGGUACCCAUGCCUCACAGUUACGCCACGAGGAGCGUCUACAUGCUGCCGAAGAAGACGGGGGAGAGGGAGAGGAGGAGGAUGAUGAUGAUGAAGAAGACGAAGAAGAAGCUGGUGAGGGUAGUGAUCCCAAACUCUGGCCCAGAUCUUUUGCUUGCAGCCAAUGCCAGAAUCUAGAGGUUCAUUUGCGGCGACACCGACGCUGCAGGAAGACGCAGGAGUGGCUGAGGGAGCAGGAAGCAGAGCUGGAGCAGCAGCACCAAGAAGAGCAGGAGCUGCACAAAAGGAAAAAGACACAGACACAGAAGAAGGAUCAGAAAAGCCAGUCAAGCGAGACAGAGCCAGAUAUGGCUGAUAAAUCUGAGAAUAAGCAGGAGAGAGAACAAGAUGAGUGGCAACAGGAGGACGAACCCGAAUGGAAGGAGAUGGAGUUCGAGUGGACCCCCAAAAUGGAGCAGGAUGCGACCAUGAGUUGACCAAGUCAGCGGCAAGCUAAUGAAUAUAACGUUAUAAGUAUAUGCAAAACCAAACACAAUCAUAUUUUCAUACUAAUUGCACACAGACCGCAAAUAAUAGAUGGUUUAUGUUAGAAUUUUUAAAAUUAAUUUUUAAAUCAUUAAUUGUUUACUUUGUAAAAAAAUAUAUUCAGUAAACUAUUAUUUGCGUGCCUCCUACUUUAUGUAAAUUGCACAUUUUCGCACCUGUAGCCUUAGUUUGUACCUGGUGUACUUAAAUUUAGACAAAAUGUUAACAAAUGUUUAAGAUAUAACAUUACAAAAAUAAAAAAUGUAUAUAUAUAA